AUGCUGCGCUCACGCCGCGCCUACCGAGGGACAAGGCGGUGGCGGCGCCGCCCCCGCGCUCCCGUUUGCCGAGCGCGCCUCCGCGCGCAGCCGCACUGCUCUAAAACAGUUUGUUGCUCACGUCGGAGAAAGCGCUUCCGUUUCCAACGACGCAUUCCGGCCACACCUGCCCCUGCCCGUGCCCGAACCUCGGCUCGCUCCGCUGCCCGACCCGCCCGAGGAGGACCCCGCGCUCUGCCGCCCCACCAGGCCAUGUCCGAGGAGGAUUACAUAUGUGUGAAGUCUGAAGAUGAUGUUGAAGCAGUGAUAAUGGACCAUGGAGAACAUGGACUGUCUACACAAAACUGCAUGUCAGUGGAACAAAACUGUGAAGCAAACAGUGCUGUUCACCACGUGGGUCAACUUGCCUAUGGAGGCGAAGGCUUACCAGUGCUGACUGAUCAAAUGGCUUCACAAAUGAGCCAUUCUACAAUGAUGCAGAGAGGAAAUGGUCACAGCCCUGAAAAAGUGGAUUUUGUGGUUUUGCGUAAUAAAAGAAAACGAGUUUGUCCUACUGUAGUGGAACAGAAUGCGGUGAGAACCAGGGAAGAAGAAUAUGAAGAUAGUGACAGUGUCAUUUAUGAGUAUGAACCAGACUAUGAAUGUGAGAGUAUUGUAUCUGAAGCUUCCUAUGCUGGAUAUCAACAGAUUACACUUAUGGAGGUCCUCAGUUAUUGCCAGGCCAUGUAUGAUGCCAUUCAGAAAUUGGAUAAAAAAUUUGACGUUCUUCAUCGAAAGGUCUCGGAAAUGCAGCAUACUCGUGUAAAGCCACUGUUGCUAAAACCUAAACCAGUUGGAUUUUCAUACAGAAGUUCCAGUCAUUUGCCCCAAGGAAAAAUAAGAGUACAAAAAUCCAUGGAAAGGGACUUAAGUCUUCAUCUCUCUUCACCAGGCCAGGGAAGGCAUAGUCCAGUUGUAAGGGUUCCUUUACAAAAUGGCCAUGCUCAAGUCAAUUCCACAGUAAAACAUGCUCAGCAGAGUUUUCAGUUUGAAUCACAGCAGCCUGUUGGUAGGCAGAGCCCACCACUCCCCACUAUAGUUUCAACACAUUCAUUGCAUUCAUCAUACACAGCAACUAAUGAGAUGCCUGACCUUUCACCACAAUCAAAUCUUGCACCCAGUAUUGUGGAAAGUACUGUCAACGUUGCAUCUUCACCAGUGGCAUCAUCAUCGAUGCCAGCACCAUCUGAGCCCAGUCAAGAAAAUAAUGCUGCAGUGGAGAACUACAGAAAUGCAUCUGGGGAUGUGAAUAUUAGUGAAGAGCUACCAUCUUCCUCAGUCUUCAUCGACCCUAGCUUUGAGUUUGUUGGUGACCCAGCGAGAAACGUAAAAGUUCUUGGAAACGAUUUGGUGAAGGCUCGGCAAAAGACUAAACCGAAGUACGCCGCGCGCUACCUGGUUCGUGUCCUGUUCCCCAAGAAAACACUGUUGUGCAGCAUUAUGGGAGCGAGUGCACGAGGGCGCAGGACAUUGGAUCCAAACAAAAUUGCUGCAAUAAGAGAAUUUCUGGUAACUAACUUUCCAACCUAUGAUUUGAGUGAGCAUGGAAAAGACUGGAAAACCUGUAUCACAAAUGUCAAUGCUAUGAUCCGCUGUUUACGCUCUGAAACAAAAAGAAACUCAGGAAGUUCUGUUAAGGAGACAACUGAGGGGAAAGAAAAAGUAGCUGAUGCUCCAGAUACAUCUCGUUGUGUAGAUUUAAGUUAUAAUGAAGAUAGUGGAGGCAAUUCACAAAACUCUCAGAAAAUGACCAGCUCCACAACUGACACAUCACGGAAUUCAGGAUUGGAUAAGUUUCCAGAAGCUUUCCACACAUCUUCAGUCAGGAAACAACAGUGUUUGGAACCUAUGGAACCUCUUGGGAGUCCGUGGCGCAACGUCCAGUUGCCUUUCUCAGUCAUUUACGUAGCCAAGGGGAAGACACGGCCAGAGCUGUCAGCUCGCUACCUAAUUCGUCAUAUGUUCACUGAAGAUGUGCUGGUAAAAAGCAAUGUAUAUGGUAGUCUUGAUCGUGGCAUGAGCCCCCUGGAUUCCAACAAAAUUAAUGCUCUCAGAGACUUCCUUCAAGAGAAUUUUCCAUCCUUUGAUCUAAAUGAGAGUGGAUUUGAUUGGAAGGCAUGUGUGGCUGCCAUAAACAGCACAAUCCGCAGUCUCAGACAUGAGCUUAAAAAGGCUACGGUUGGAAUCCGCCAGAGAGCCUUGGCAGUGCCAUCAUCGAGUGCAGAGUCCUCCAAGGAAUCCCGCUCCAGUAAAGCCAAUGGAAAGUAGCACUAUCAUGUCACGGAUUGAAGCCCUCUAUAUCUGUCUCAAAUCUUAAUUCAUCAGGUUUUUAUAAAUUCUGUGUAAAAGCCUGUAAAAUUGAGUUGUCCCAUUAAACCGAAUUGUCAGCAGCGCUUUAUAGUAUCACUUCAUGAGACCAAAGUUAGCAGAAGACUUGGGAACCCUAACUCCUUGUAUAAGUAGCAUUUGUACUCCUCAGAAAUUACUUUCACUGUUCCUUGUCGCAUUUGCAAUGUGCUCUAUCUUAAAAGCAUCUUCUCAUGAUUCAUUGAAUCUGAAAGAUUAAUCUGAUUAGAAAAGAUGCACUGUGCAUCAGGUCAACAGAAGCAGAUGGAAAAGAGAAGAGGAAAGAAUGAUCCUUCUUGAAGGAUGAAUCAUAGCCAGCUAAGUUAUCUAAUUACGUGUGAGGAAUGAAAUUUGCUUUGUCAAUUGGAUAUUUUAAGCAAAAAUAUUGGAAAGGAAAAAUAUUUUUAAUUGCAUUUAGUUAACUUGUAUCUGGACUUGAUCUUGGGGGUGUUUCCCAACCUUAAUGAUUCUAUUUGCCUCCUGUAGCAGACUUUUUUGUAGGAUAAGAGGCAGACAACCAUGUAAGUACAGUUGGAGUAGUGCUUUGCUCUGAUUUAGCUCUACGAAAGGGCAAAAAAAGCACCCAGAACAAACAGUUCAGUGAUUUGUUGUUCAAUGGAAACUGUUUUUCCUUGAUGAAAUGUAAAGGUAAUACUUUCUCCAGGAUCCUGAACUCCACUAUACGGUCUCUGUUACGUGUUUUUCCAGCAUCAGGCACUGUCCUCCCAGUGUCCAUGUACUGGCAGACUGGUGUGUGAGUUUGCCUUGCCACUUGCAUCAUGUCUGAGCACAGUCUCAGAGGUCCAACUUCUUCACAGAAAGAAGCUGCUCAGAAGACUGGCACAGAGAACCGAUUUUACCUCUGAAAUUUGAGGCAAGGGUGGCUUCCAAAAUUAUGGCUAUGUACAUAGCAGAACUGUCCUCUCCUAGGCAAAGAUUUUAUAGUUUAUUUGUUAGCAAUAGCAUAAAACAGUGAAGUUUAUUUAUUUUCACUUCUGUUCGUAACACGCAGUAUUUAUUAUAUAUAGCUUAGGACUGGCUUUUUAACUGUAAAUUAGGAUAUGCAAUGGCCUUAUCAGAUACGAAAUUAGUAAUUUAAGUUCCCCCUGCCACCUCCUUGCAGAAGUCCUCUGUAUGAAUCAAGAAGUAGGCUGAAUUUCUGAUUUUCUCUUUUUACUAGAAAUGUAUGGCAAAUUUGAUUGUUCUGGUGUGCUACUAACAAAUUUUUCUGUUACUGAUCUAUACAGUCAGUAUUUGCCAAGAACUUUGGUGUGUGUAGAUAUUACUAGUUCGAAACCUUAGAAAAAGCUGAAAAUGCUUAUAUUUUUUCAGUAGUUUUAUGACUUUUUUUCACUAGAAUUAUAUAUUUAUUGAAUGAUCUGUUUGGCACUGAAAUCUGUAAAGUGUGGUGCAUACCUAUUGCUUCCGUAUUGAAAAGAGAAUUGAAUAAUUGAAUCAAAGUAGAAAUAGUUUUCUUAUUUCUGUUUCAAAUGUAUUCAUUUUUGCUAAGUUUUAUAAGAUAAAAUUACAGUAUUUUGCUGUUAGGAUAAAAUAUUUUACAAAUAAAACCAUCACAUAUAGCUCC